UCGUCCGGGGAGGGURAUCAUCAUGAAUAAUCAUAAAGCUGUAGCUGCACUACUGCAAGAGUGCAAGCAAGUGCUGGACCAGCUCUUGUUGGAGGCGCCAGAUGUGUCAGAGGAGGACAAGAGCGAGGACCAGCGGUGCAGAGCUUCACUCCCCAGCGAGUUAAGGACCCUGAUCCAGGAGGCGAAGGAAAUGAAGUGGCCCUUCGUGCCUGAAAAGUGGCAGUACAAACAAGCCAUGAGCCCAGAGGACAAAACAAACCUGCAGGAUGUGAUUGGCGCCGGGUUGCAGCAGUUACUGGCGUCCUUGCGAGCCUCCAUCGUGGCUCAGGACUGUGCCGCCGCAGCCGCUCUGGUCUUCCUGAUGGACCGCUUCCUCUACGGGCUGGACGUCUCCGGGAAGCUCCUGCAGGUGGCCAAAGGUCUCCACAAGCUGCAACCAGGGACGCCAAUCGCCCCGCAGGUGGUUAUCCGGCAAGCCCGGAUCUCGGUCAACUCAGGGAAACUUUUAAAAGCAGAGUAUAUCCUGAGCAGUCUAAUAAGCAACAAUGGAGCAACAGGUACCUGGAUAUACAGAAAUGAAAGUGAUAAGAUCCUGGUACAGUCAGUCUGUAUACAGAUCAGAGGACAAAUUCUGCAAAAACUAGGCAUGUGGUAUGAAGCAGCAGAGCUGAUAUGGGCCUCCAUCGUGGGAUAUGUGACACUUCCUCAGCCAGAUAAGAAGGGCAUUUCCACAUCACUUGGAAUCCUGGCAGACAUCUUUGUUUCCAUGAGCAGAAAAGAUUAUGAAAAGUUUAAAAACAAUCCACAGAUUAACUUGGGCUUGCUCAAGGAGUUUGACCACCAUUUGUUGUCGGCUGCGGAAGCCUGCAAACUGGCAGCUGCCUUCAGUGCCUACACACCCCUGUUCGUGCUCACAGCUGUGAAUAUCCGUGGCACAUGCUUAUUAUCAUAUACUAGUUCUAAUGACUGUCCUCCAAGAAUGAAAAACUUGUAUCUGUGUGAAGCCAAAGAGGCCUUUGAGAUCGGCCUUCUCACCAAGAGAGAUGAUCAGGUAGUUACCGGAAAACAGGAACUUCAUAGCUUCAUCAAAGCUGCCUUCGGUCUCACCACAGUGCACAGGAGACUCCACGGAGAGACGCACGCAGUCUGUGCCGCGAGUCAGCUCUGUAAUGAAGCCAUGAAGAAGCUGUACACUUUCAGUACUUCCUCCAGAAGUCAGGACAGAGAAUCUCUGUCUCGAGAGAUCAUGUCUGUUAUCAGCCAGGUGAAGGAUCAUUUACAGGUCCAAAGCUUCUCAAAUUUAGAUGACAGAUCUUAUGUCCCAGAGAGUUUCAAGUACGGAUUGAGUCAACCUAUCUUGCAUGGACAAGUGGAUUUCCAUAAAAUCCUUGAAACCUAUUCACAGCACCAUACCUCCAUGUGUGAGGUUUCUGAAAACAUUUGUGGAAACAACAAAAAUAAACUAAAAGACAUCAAAACAGGAGUCUGUAUCACUGCUUUAAAAACAGAAACAAAAACCACAGAUACGAUGACUGCUACUCAAGACAAACCACGCUCACAAAAAGGCAAGGGUCCAGAGAUACUCAGAAGGGUAGGAAGGAGAAACUGGACCCAUUCUGAGGCAUUCCGAGUCUCCCUGGAUCAAGAGGUGGAGACUGAGACUGAGCCGCCUGACCACAGCAAUGUGGGGGGAGAUGUCUGCCACAAGUCUCUGAGCAACAGCCAGAGCACCAGUACUUGGAGCAAGUUAUCGGGGCUUAGUUCUUCUUCAAGCUGGGAGGAAGUGAAUUAUCCUAUCGAUGACAGAUCAGCUAGGAAACAAUCUAGCAAAGAAGAACAUCUUGUGGACACCCAGUGUUCCACUGCCCCAUCUGAGGAGCUGGAGAACGGCAGGGAUCACAGAGCUGUGCGAUCAUUGUCUUCAGAGCUUCACAAUGUUUCUCUCCAAAUAUCCCCAGAUGACAGUUUAAAGCCUUCUCAGGGUCAACCACACAAACGCAUGCCCUUCACAACCUUCUGUCCUCACAACACAACCCACACGGGCUUGRUCUCUGAUGCAGGGCUAACAGAAGAAGCUCCAGAAGGUAUCCAGGAAGUCCAACAUGCAGGACCUGGCCAUACUUCUGCUCACUUCCAACCCUCAUGUAGUUCUGCUUCUUGGUCUUCGGAUUCUGGUAGGUUCAAGCACAUGGCCACCUGUCCUUCGAUCCAAGAAGACUUUGAAAUAAUUGAUGAUUUUCCAGAAACCAACUGUGAUGUCAAAGACAGACACGGGAAAGAAGAGGGAAAAGAACUCCAUGAGAAAUAUGUGGGCCCUGUAUUUAAAGAGAGCUUCUUCUGGGUGGACCCAGAAGGAGAAACAGAGGAAAGCACAAAAGAUGUGCCUUUAGACUCUGGUGUAGUCGUGGGCAGUUCUCAGGGCCACAGUUCCAUGUUGGCAUGUAGCUCUUUCACUUAUCAGCCUGUUCAACAUCCUGACUCAGGAAAGGCGGGUGGUGGCUCAGUCAGGAAGCAGGGCAUUGACCCUGAUGCCCCAACAGAGGAUGAGGAGGGCCACCUCUUUGACAGCACAGAUGUCUGCUCCUCAGGUGGACAUGACUCUCCUAGACCAUGCACCAUGGGACAGCCACCUGGUCAGAGGACUGAGACCCCCAGUUCCUCUGUUAACAGUAACAUUCCCUUUCCUGUGCUCAGCGAGGACGGUGCCACCACAGAAGAAGGAAAUGAACCCGGACACAUGCUAAACUGCAGCCAGAGCUCCAGCUCAUCCCUUUCAUGGUGGUUGAAGUCACCUACAUUUUCCAGUGGUUCUUCUGAGGGGGAAAGCUUAUGGUCUUCUCUGAAUUCCAGUGGAAGUUCUUCUUCUGUCUCAUCGCUAGGAAAAAUGAGGAAAGAAGUCCUUGAGGCUCGUACCCUGCAGCCCGAUGACCUGGACAAACUCUUGGCAGGAGUGAGGCAUGACUGGCUGUUUCAGAGACUGGAAAAUACAGGCGUUUUUAAGCCCAGUCAACUCCAACGAGCUCACAAUGCUCUUUUGUUAAAAUAUUCCAAGAAGUCUGAACUGUGGACAGCCCAGGAAACUGCUGUGUAUUUGGGAGAUUACCUAAAUGUGAAGAAGAAAGGCAAGCAAAGAAAUGCCUUUUGGGUUCAUUAUCUCCAUCAGGAAGAAACGCUGGGAAGAUAUGUUGGGAAAGAAUAUAAAGAGCAGAAGGGGCUCUGGCACCACUUCAUUGAUGUGGAGCGGCAGAUGACUGCCCAGUACUACGUGACAGAGUUUAACAAGAGACUCUAUGAACAAAAGAUCCCAACGCAGAUAUUCUACAUCCCCUCCACAAUAUUACUGAUUUUAGAAGGCAAGACAAUAAAGGGAUGUAUCAGUGUGGAGCCUUAUAUCCUGGGAGAAUUUGUAAAAUUAUCAAAUAAUGCCAAAGUUGUGAAAACAGAAUACAAAGCCACAGAAUAUGGCUUGGCUUAUGGCCAUUUUUCUUAUGAGUUUUCUAAUCAUAAAGAUGUUGUGGUUGAUUUACAAGGUUGGGUGACUGGUAAUGGAAAAGGACUCAUCUACCUCACAGAUCCCCAAAUUCACUCUGUUGAUCAGAAAAAUAUCACUACCAAUUUUGGAAAGAGAGGAAUUUUUUACUUCUUUAAUGACCAGCAUGUGAAAUGUAAUGAAAUAUGCCACCGUCUUUCUUUGACUAGACCUUCAAUGGGGAAACUAAACAAGUCAUAGACUGUGGAUUGGCAAAGAGACAGACCUCUGUGCUCACCAACAUCAACUUCUCCUCUCCAUCUGGGCAACAGAACAUGGCACAGCCCCUCUCCUUAAGGCUAGUUGUGGCCAAUGGUUUGUGAGAGGAACUGAUGAGUAUCACUUUCAGGCCUAGAUUUAAUUCUAGUACAAUAUCCUUCAGGGUUUCCUUUCUCUGUCACAGUUACCAAGAAUGUGUCAGGAGGUAGCUACUUAGGAGCACAGGUCCCACAGUGAUGGCAAUGUGGGAAAGAGCCCUUCUGAUCCACAAAGAUACAAAACACUGCCGAGAAAUAAAUUUGGUGCUUAAACCAGUGAGAUUUUGGAGCUUGCUGUCACUAUCUGUUGAGACUGACACUACUGACUUUUUUCCUAUUGAAUUAUGCAUGUUAUAUAUGUU